AUGCAGAGCCGAUGCAACUCGACGAAUGAGUACAGUGGGAAGAAAGUCGGAUGGGUUGACCCGUACCAAGACCCGGGUCAAGGAGCAGGGGAGGAGCAAUGCGAUGUCUUCUCUGGGAAAUGGGUCUUUGAUAGUUCAUCAUACCCAUUGCACAAGGAAUCCGAGUGUCCCUACAUGUCUGACCAGCUGGCUUGCCAGAAGCAUGGGAGGCCGGAUCUGGAGUACCAGCAUUGGAGAUGGCAGCCUCACGCCUGCAACUUGAAGAGGUGGAAUGUGACUGAAAUGUGGGAGAAGCUGAGGGGAAAGAGACUGAUGUUCGUUGGAGACUCAUUAAACAGAGGCCAGUGGAUAUCAAUGUCUGUAAUCCCCCGUGAGAAGCAAUCCAUGUCUCCUAACGCUCCCCUCACCAUUUUCAGGGCAGAGGAUUACAAUGCGACGGUGGAAUUUCUGUGGGCUCCCUUGCUCGUGGAAUCGAAUUCUGAUGACCCGGUUAAUCACAGGUUGGAAGAUCGGAUUAUCCGGCCAGAUUCAGUUCUGAAACAUGCAUCCAAGUGGCAACAUGCUGAUAUCCUAAUCUUCAACACAUACUUAUGGUGGAGGCAAGACCCUGUCAAGAUCCGAUGGAGCAGCGAGGAGAAAGGGUCAUGCGAGGAGGUGAAGGGCGCCGUGGGAAUGGAAAUGGCUAUGAACGCUUGGGCUGACUGGAUUUCUAACAAUGUCGAUCCAGACACAAAGCGGGUUUUCUUCGUGACAAUGAGCCGAGAAUGGAGCCCGGGAAGCGAGGGAAACUGCUACGGGGAGAAAAAACCGAUAGAGGAAGAGAGUUAUUGGGGAAGUGGGUCGGACAUUCCGACAAUGAGAAUGGUUGAGAGAGUUUUGAAGAGAUUGGGACCAAAGGUUUCAGUUGUCAACAUCACUCAGUUGUCCGAGUAUCGUAAAGACGGCCAUCCCUCCGUGUACCGCAAAUUCUGGGAGCCUCUUAACCAAGACCGGUUGAAUAACCCGUCGUCGUAUUCGGAUUGUACUCACUGGUGUGUACCGGGUGUUCCUGAUGUCUGGAAUCAAUUGCUUUUCCAUUACUUGUGA